CCAUCGCCUUCCCCAAUGGCGCCACUUUCCUGCCGUGACCUCUCCCCGCAGCUCUCCUCCCUCCCCCACCGCGGCACCGCCGCCACCCCCACCCCCACCACCCACACACAAAUCUCCCUCCGGCGCGCUCCAGCCCCGCGCGCACCACUCACCGCCACCACCAAAAGGCCGCAGCUCCCCUCCGCGGCCACCAGGGACGACGCGCUCGCCUCCCUCGUCGGCCAGUUAGAGCAGAACCUCAGCCAAGACGAGGAAGACGGCGACCCGUGCCUCCCUCGUCGCCACGCAGCACAUCAGAAGCACCAGAACGAGCUUCCCGCGCGGUGGCGGGAGAUACACGGCAGCGAGGACUGGGCGGGGCUUCUUGACCCGAUGGACCCGCUGCUCCGGUCCGAGCUCAUCCGGUACGGCGAGCUGGCGCAGGCCUGCUACGACGCCUUCGACUACGACCUGGCCUCCCGGUACUGCGGCAGCUGCAAGUACCCGCGGCGCGCCUUCUUCGAGCGGCUGGGCAUGGCCGACGCCGCGCGGGGCUACGCCGUCACCCGCUACCUCUACGCCACGUCCAACUUCCGCUUCCCCAGCUUCUUCUCCGCCAAGUCCCGCGCCGACGCCAAGCUCUGGAGCCAGCGCGCGAACUGGAUCGGCUACGUGGCCGUGUCGAGCGACGAGGAAUCGGCGCGGCUGGGCCGGCGCGACGUCGCCAUCGCGUGGCGCGGCACCAUCACCCGGCUGGAGUGGGUGUCGGACCUCAUGGACUACCUCCGGCCCGUCUCCGACGAGGGCAUCCCGUGCCCGGACCCGGAGGUGAAGGUGGAGUCCGGCUUCGUGGACCUCUACACGGACAAGGACCCAUCCUGCCGCUUCUGCAAGUACUCCGCCCGGGAGCAGGUGCUGGUGGAGGUCCGCAGGCUCGUCGGCCACUACACCGCCCUCGGCGAGGACGUCAGCAUCACGGUGACCGGCCACAGCCUCGGCAGCUCCCUCGCCAUCCUCAGCGCCUACGACGUCGCCGAGUCCGCCGCCAACCUCUCCAACGGCAAGAGGGCGGCGGUGUGCGUGUACUCCUUCUCGGGGCCGAGGGUGGGGAACGGGCGGUUCAGGGAGCGGUUCGAGGGGGAGCUGGGGGUGAAGGCGCUGCGGGUGACCAACGUGCACGACAACGUGCCGCGCAUGCCGGGGAUCUUCCUGAACGAAGGGGUGCCGGAGAUGGUCCGGCGGGUGGCGGAGGGGCUGCGGAUGCCCUGGUGCUACAGCCACGUCGGCGUGGAGCUCGCCCUCGACCACAAGCGCUCGCCGUUCCUCAAGGACACGCUCGACCCCGGCUGCUCCCACAACCUGGAGGCGCACCUGCACCUCCUCGACGGGAAGGACAGAUCACUUUGCCCCAGCAUGAUUGGUCAAACUACCCGUCCGCAUGGCGCAUCUGCACGUUUCGUUGUUGGUUAAGGUCAUUAUUUUUGGAUCGGGACAGACGUGCGCAACGAUAUUUAAUCCUGCCAUCUGUGUCACUGUGUGGGACAGAUGCUGAUCAAAUCAUCCAUGCCGUACAUGGGCGAGAAUCAUACGACCUCGAGGAGAUCUUGAUUAGUUGGCUCACUGAUCUCCACCAGGACGCUAAGACCAUAUAGUGACUUGCACCAAUAACUUUGUUAGCACGUUCACACGAAUACGAAUACUGACAUUUUCCUAACACCAAUACACGUUGAUAUGCUACUGUAUUUGUCGCUGUAAGAGCAAGUACAAUAGGAUAACAUAGGCGGGCUGUAAGACUUAAAAUAAUAUAUUUGUGAUAAGCUGAAAGAUAGAGAAGAGAAGCGGACUAUAAAUUAACAGCCGACUGUAAAACGUACUUCUAGACACUUUGUGAGAAAAAAGAAUGAUGUGUCUUAUAUCAAUAAAGUAGUACUUAUUACAUCUAGCUAUUGUACUUGCGGGAUAUAAACUUGACUAUAGAUGACGUGUACUAUACGUCCAAAGUCCAAACCUUACGUACAAUAUGUACUUGCACUCAAUUAAUCUAACCACAACACGACAAGAGCUAUCUGCAUUUUCUAAAGGGCUGUCGGCUCGUGUGAUAGAUGCGUCGAGUUCAUCAAGAGGACCGGUGCGUAAUGCCAAGAUUAAAUAAUGCGUCAGGACGUCAGGUCCAUUGAAAUACUCGUGCUGACCUGUUGUUGGCAGCCAUGGCUGGCAUCAUGCAUGUUCCACUCUCUCUUGUUGUCUUUUAUUUUUCUUGAACAUAGUAUGGACCCAAGUGUUUAUAUACACGUGCAUAUACUUAUUUUUAUAAACAUACCCACGCAUAUCCUUGGCCCUGUUUGGAUACUCUAACUCGGUUAGAGGUUAGAGUUAGAUUCUAACCCUGGACUAACCCUAACCUAACUCUAACCAAAGAGGUGUUUGGAUGAAAGGGUUAGAUUGUCAAUAAAUGCAUCUUUUCCAAUCAUUUGGCUCCUUUAUCAAGGAUUUGGUGUGGUGAAGGUAGAGAGAAAAGUAACUUUUUGUGGGCCCAACCCAACUCUAACCCAAAUAAGCACCUCUUGAAUGGGUUAGUUUUUUGGGUGGGUUAGAUGCAUCUAACCAACUCUAAUCCUUCCUGUUUGGAUGUUUUGGGGUUAGAUUGGUUCAAUCUAACCAACUCUAACUCUAACUCAUGGAUCCAAACAGGGCCCUUGUGACUAUCUUCGAAAGAUUAAGCCGAUAUAUCAUCUUGAGAUUUAUGAAGUCAUCGUAGAAGACUCGUCGUCGACGAGAACGUCUCCUCCCACAGAAAGCGUAUCGCCGGAAAUUCUAAAAUAAAUCUAAAAAUAAUACAAGCAUCAGGAUUUAAACCCUGAUGGGUUGAGAUAUCACUGUCCCUCUAACCAUCCAAUCACAGGUUGGCUUGCCACUCUCUCUUGUUGUCGGAACGUUGUAUUACUAUAUAUUACCGUUAUGCAAGUGAUGCAAAGCGGUAAAGCCAGGUCGAUCAAGUGUUGUAAAGGUUAAAGUAAAGAGGAUUACCAUUGCUCGCUAAUUAAUACCAUGAAGGGGCGAGACUUCAAGGGCUAA